UGAAAAAGAGGAAGAGCAGUUAGGGGCUGCAGACAGCGAGGGGAGCAUACUGAUAGGCUGAGAAGGGGCUGAAUAACAGGGCAGAGGAUAGAGGGAUGGAUAACAAAGGGAGAUAUUCUGGAGGAGAGCAAAAAAGCAUGAGGUAGAGAGAGGGAGGCGUGUCAGGGACAAAGCGAGAGAACGAGGGGAGAGGCGCUGCGAUAGGAGCACUCAGCCGCUUGCAGGAGAGGGAGAGAGAGGGAGAGAGAGGGAGGGAGAGACAAAGAAAGACGAGCGCGUAGUCCUGCCAGAGUACGAGAGAGAGAGAGACGGGACGGAGGCACAGAGCGUGAAGCAUGCCUCUGUCAACAGGAGCCGCGGUCAGGCCAGCAGCAAGGAACUAGUUCAGCGUGUUUUUCAGCUCCCCACAAAACGUGACAGACGCAUGAGGACGUGCAUCUCCCUGCACACCUGCUUCUCAGGAACGGGAAAGCUUGCAGCCAGCUUAGGAAGCAGAGGUGAGAGUUCAGAAUUCACGGCAUCACACGGCUCACAAGAAAGCGCCAGGAGGCAGGAAGGCACCAUAAAGGACCAGCGGAAGGACACUGGAAUUUCUCCUCACUCCACUGGAGCCAUGGAAACGGGAUUACAGCCUGUUUUAUUUUGAUCAUUUUGUUUUUUGCAUGUUGGAGGGGUGUCAUGUUUCCCUCUACUUUUUGGUUUUGAAAGUGAAAAAACUGGACCCAACAUACAAGCCCUGAGUCAAUCAAAGAUUCAAAGCUGACAGAGGUAGAGAGAACAAGAGAGGACAAGAGAGACAGACUGAUGGAAAACAAAAAAAGGUCAAACAGAAAAACACUAAACCAGGAAACCAAAAAUCCAGCGUAACAGAGCUCACAAAUUGGCACGGAGGAAUCAGCAGAAAAGCACAUUUAAGAAUUUGGAGCUGCACAGCACUGUUGUUUUCCUGCACUCAGGACCGAAGAAAAGAGGGGCAGAGGCUCAGUGACAAACUGAGAAGUCACAUGCACGUAGCGCUGUGUGUCCACCCCGCGUGGGACACAGAUACACCAGAGGGCUGUGACCAUUUUCUGCCUUCCCAGCAACUCCUGGGAAGGCAGAAUCCCCCGAAGGCGUAAAAUAUCUGAGAUCGACACUAGAACCAAAGGUCAUAUAGGAGGGAAGUAAACUGCACUUGACCACCUUGUGGAAGAGACGGCUUUUAUUGAAAAAAUACGCAGGAGAAGAGUGUUUAGGAGCAGGGCACGGGCAGCUCUCCUGGCAACACUGGCAAACUCUGCUCUGUACUUGGAUGUUCCACCUCCUUUUGUCCAUCAUGAAGACACAAUAAAAAGCAAAGCCUUCAGGCUGUCAGGGUAACGCUCUGCUAAGCAGCCACCACCGGGUGACAAGUGCCAGCUUGGAGCUUCCAGAAAACGCUGGAUCUGACACGGUUACCUUCUCAAUCUGACACUGAAUCUUUUUUUUGAAUCUGACUUGCUUCUUUGUGGAUCGGAUUCACAUUCCAUCACGUGAAUAACAGAGACAGCCCUUUAGCCCUUUCUUCCAGCAGCUCAUUCGGAUUCGGGAUUGAUCUGGCCCGCCUGGUCGGUUUUAACUAGCCAGACGAUAAUUAAUUUCUGGAUAUUGACCUGGUUCUCUGCAAAUAUUUUGAUGAGCAUCGAAAUCAAAAUUUCUUCCGAAAGAGUGUCAAGAAUGAAUUAGCUGGUCACUGGGGAUCUACUGAACUCUAAUUAGUGUUAACAUCAUCAGAUCAAAGGAUCUGUCCUUUGAACUCCUGCUCCUUCUCUGUCCAGCCCACUGAGAUCUGCCCAACAUGGCCACCCAGAUGCCCCUCCUGCUCGCCUUACUGUUGAGCUCCACCUCGUUGGCCCAGAAUGACAAGCAGGUUGAGAUGAACAACACGGAAGCCAACUGGACCAUGUUGCCUUCAGCGGUUCCAGAGCUGACCCUGACGAUGCCGGGAGGGGACGCGGAGAACCAAACUGCUGGGUCCGUGCCAAGCCGUUGCUGGGGAUACUACGACGUGAUGGGCCAGUGGGAUCCUGCCUUCAACUGCAACGUGGGCGUCUACCUGUUCUGCUGUGGAUCCUGCUACUAUCGAUUCUGCUGCAAGUUCCAAAGUCACCGGCUGGACCAGUCAGCCUGCUCCAACUACGACACGCCAGUGUGGGCCAACACAGGCAAACCGCCCGCCCCCGUCACCGAGGCCCGGGAGGAGCCGGAGCUGGACCGCACGCAAAUGAUCGUUUACAUCAUCUGCGGGGUGGUGGCCAUCAUGGUUUUGGUGGGAAUCUUUACCAGGGUUGGCCUGGACAAGAGGCGGCAAAGCCAGAAUGAGACUACGAACUCCAGGGGUCAGACUCAACUCCUGAAGCAGCCAGGGGGUGAGCUGGGAUGCCUGGAGGGGAUGGAGGGCCACCCACCCAAGGGGACCAAUGGACUCUCUGGCAGGGGGCUACGAGACAGAGGGUCGUCUCUUGAGCACAGCCACCUGAACAGUGCCGCCCUUUCCCCGCUGUACCCACCCCUUUCCCUCACGCACCCCAACAGCCACUUCAACUCUUCAAACCUGGGCUUCAGCAAGCACACAUCACUCAAGCUCACAGAUUCUGCCAGAGAUUACUAUAAAGGUUACCCCAUGGUGGACUAUGUCCACCACCAGCCCAAGCCCUCAACAUUCCACCCCAAGGAGAAGAGCUAUCUGCCGUCGCCUGACAUCCAUUCCCCACUGCCCAUCACCUUUGCGGCCUCCGAGAUGCCAAUGUCGAAGAUAUCAAAGACCAAUCAGCAGCCCCUCACUUCCAGCUCCGCUUUCAAGGCGUGGGACCCAAGUAGAAGCUAUGAGCAGCAGCCGGUGUCGCACCAGGAGCAGUCCUAUGACUGCCAGCAUGUCUAUUCUGGAAAGAGCCCAUUCAACACCGAGACUCUGCCCGAGCUUUUCACUCAGUCCCUGGGGUAUGGACAACAGAUACACCUCUCCCAGAAGCUUAAGGGGGUGCCAACCAACAGCAAGACGGAGGUCACGGUCUGAACGAUGGGCCCUGGAGUGUGGGAGAUCGCUUCCACAAAACUGGAUGCAUGUUAAAUGUGGUGAGGAAUCAGAGACAUGACUGCUUGCUUGUGAUUUUUUUCCUCCCAUCUCCCUCUCCCUUCCCUGUCGACCCCAACCCCCCCCCCCAACCCCCAGACUCUGCCACCUCUCUUCCCAGCUCGGUUCGUGCUCCUCCUGUAGACCACAUGCGAUCUGCAUGUCCUAUCAUUAUGGUUAGAGGGACAUAUAUAGCCUCGCUCACUGAAAAAGGUCCCCUGGGAUACAACAUGGCUGCAGGGACAAUGCACCCAGCAGCUUCAGACAAGAACAGAAGAGAGGCGCAGUUCCGGGAACCGGAAGAGAAAGGAAACAUAAGUCUUUGCCAAGGUGUUUGUCCAGGAGGAACAGAAUCAGAGAAAAUAGGAGUGCCAUCUGCUGCUUGGGCCCCAAGCAAAGCCCAGACUGCAGCAGGUUACCCACAGGACUCGAACAGCAAGGAUCACAUCACACGCUGGUGCUGAUGAGGUCAGAGCCCCAUUUGCCCCAGGGGCCCUAUGGCAUGGAUGCCACAGCCGCUGAAGCAGCGGGGUACCGGGUGUCAGGAAGGUGUGAACUGACUGAACAUGGAUCAUGUAGAGAGGGCUCUGGGACAGCCUGAUUCACUGAUGAUAUUCUGAACCAACUCUGAUUUAGCCAUCGCUUAAAGGACAUUGUAUGCUUUAAGCUGGGGCUCAAAGUUAUACGGUGAACCGUUGACGUGUAUAGAGCGGAGAUCCGUAGUGGAGACUCAUGACGGCUUUUCUAGAAUGACCUAAAAACCAGGAAGGAUUCAUAUCUAGUGCAUGCUGAUCACAUUCAUAAAUCACAACAUUAGCAUAGACACUGAACUCUUGUUUAAUACCAAUGUUUAAUACAGACACAUUAUUACCAUGUAUAUGCAGGAUAUAGGUUACUGAUGAGGCUAGAGAUAAGAGAGUGAAGUUAUCAGGCACAUAUGAUGGGCUUAAGUGCUGGCAGCAUUUACCUAAAUCACUUACCUUUACAGCUUUAUUGCUUUAUGUCCCUUAAGCCCCACCCGCCGCAGACAGUUUGAAUAAUAGCAGGAGUUCCUUCAGUCGACCCUGAGCGAUCACCCAAGCUGUUCACAGGCGUACUGCAUGCUUUUGUUAGCACCAACCUGCAGUCUGGUAGCAAGGUGGGAGCGUGUUCAGGAAUAUCUACACCUUAGGGCUGGCAGCUGCCAGGGGGAGAACCAUUCCGGUCAGGGUUGGGGGGGGGGGGGGGGCUAUAUAGCUUUCAAAACAUUAGUCAUCAUUAGUGGCACAUUAUGUCAAGUUCUGGCAAAUAUUCGUAGCUAUGUAGAAAAAAACAUGAUAAUGCUCUGUCUUUGGGAUUGCUGUAAUAGAUAAUGCCAUGUUAGCUCUAGGUGUUUGACAGUCUACAUCUGUAGUAAUCGACAAUCAGCCAUCACGACUCAUGCUUCCAUGUGGAAAGGCACUUAUAAGGACAGCUCAGAGUCUACCUCGUCGCUGCCUCAUGCAGGCACUGCAGAUCUCCGAUGCUGGUAUUGACUUGGAGUAGGAGUCUCCUGUAGGGGAUGCAUACUGAUUUAUUAUACGCAUGUACAGAAAGCACAGCCCUGCCUGUCUCAGUAUGAAAGAAAAACAAACUGGUGUGGUCACAUCUUCCCAUCUUCACGCAUGACAGACACAAGGUUCUACAGACCAUCCCAGCUGAAAAGCACCACGACACCACUUAAGGUCUUUGUUGUGCAUCUUUGGCAUAUGGGUCAUGGGGGGAAUUAAGCUAUAUGCAAUUUUCUUUAAAGAGCAAUAACACCUACACUACCAAGGACACCCUGACAAACUUCAUGCCUAAUGCUUAAGUGACUGCACAGCUUGAAAAAGGAAGAUGUCAUGAGAUUGGUCCUGGUAGGGCUUCUCAGUGUCUCAGCCUUGGAUGGGUCCAUUAUGUUGUGUUUCCAGCAGGAAGUGGUGGCUCCUAGUGUCCAUGGCUGACUUUUCCAACCCAAAGAGCCAGCACCAUCAGUAUCAGCUUAUAGACUGACCAGGGGCAGGUUGCACAAAACACCUUAAGUUAAGAUUUUCCUUAAAAUCCGAGUUAAGGUCUCUUUAAAAUAAAGUCGGUUGCACAAGACACCCUUAAGUCUCCUCCUUAAGGUUUCCUAAAAAAAUUCUCUUAAGUAUUUAAGUUUUUCUCCUUAUCUUGGUCUUAUACUUAAGGAAUCCCUUAACGGUUGUACAAAAGACCUUAGCAACCAAACUAAGGGGAAAAAAUUAAGGUACCUCUAACCGUACCUUAAC